AUGCACCGACAACAUCCGUACGCUGGCUACGGCCCACCGCCAGGUCGCAGAGGGGAUUCACCGACGGGGCCUGGGCCUGAUCGCGGGAGGAUGCCAGAUAGAGGAUUUCGAGGACGAGGGCGAGGAGUGGGAGGUCCUCCCCCUGGAUCGUAUGGUUAUGAGCCACCGUAUCAUGGGACUGGAGGCGACAGUCAGUAUGGAGACGAUCCUUAUGACUAUCGAGGAAGCCAGCGAGACGAUUAUUAUCCCCCUGAACAUGAUCUAGACAGUGCCGAGUUCCGCCGCAAAUUUGAGGAAUUCGGUGAAAUUAAAACGUUCUUUGAUCUCAUCAGUCACCGUGGCAUGGUUUUCUGCACAUACUACGACAUGCGCGCUGCGGAGAGAGCCAAAGAUCGGCUUCAGGGAACAGAACUAGCAGGUCGGCCAAUCGACGUACAUUACAGUUUACCGCGAGAGGAUCAGAGAAACGAACCGAAUCAAGGUAUCAUCAUCGUCACACUGAUUGAUUCACCCUCCAAAUCAAUCGACGACGUCGAACUCCGUCGCAAACUCCAAACCUUUGGAGAUGUCAAGUCGAUUCAGCCAAACAACGGCAGGCCAGACUCGCGGAUGAUAGAAUUUUAUGACACGAGGUCUGCGGAUGAAGCACAUGGAAAAUUGCGGCAUCAACCUCUCCAAGAUGGAAUAAUGGAGACUGAGUUUGCAUUUCUUGGAGAUUACAUGCCUCCUGGGCCUGCUAUGCAAGAGCGUGCGCGGCUAGAGAGAAUGCAUAACAGAGGGCGAGGACGUGGCAGAGGAGGACGAGGAGGUGGCGGAAACUAUGACGAUCGUCGAAGCCGUGAUUGGGACGACGAUCACUAUGGACGAGAUCGAGGUCGCAUGUCUCCACCUCGGAAUGUCGAUAGAUGGCGUGAACGCUCUCCUCCACCACGAGCCAGGAGCAACGGCGAUUCAGGACCUGAACGCGAAAAGUUGGAUCAAGCACGCAAAGUCCAAGAGUUACUCGCUGCUCUGAAGCAAACAGGUGGCGGUGGUCCCCCGGCCAGUGGACCUCCACCAUCUCAACCCCCAAUGCCCUAUUCACCACCACCAAACGCCACUGGUCCGCCACCACCGAAUCCGGCACUCCCACCCAGCAUGGCUCAACUCGCAGCUCUCUUGACCCAAGCCGCUCAGCUCCCACAGGCUCAGCAAGCACAAGCAGCGGCAGCAGCUAUUCAACAGUUCCAAGCGGCAGCAGCUACCCCAUAUCCUCCCCCACCUCAGGGAGGAUACAGCACAGCCGGUCCUCCACCAAAUCUAUAUGGAUCACCUCUUCCGGGCCCAAGUGCACCUUACAGUUACCCACCUCCCCCAAAUGCAAACCAACCCCCGUACGUUGGUGGUGGUGGUCCCCCGAAUCUUCCACUGCCUCCAGACACCGCGCGAUACAACUAUCCCGUGCCACCUGGCGGGCCGCCACCACCAGGUGGACAAUCCAACCAGAGUCUUCAAGACAUCAUGGCUUUAUUGAAACGAACUAACGCGUAG